AUGUCCCCAUCCCCGUUGGUUCUUCAACCCCAUUGGUCCUCACCCCGCCAGGCGCGGAUCGGAUCGCUCCUCGGGAAGCACGGCGUGAUCAUUCAGAGCAUUCGCGACUCUACCGGGGCGCGCCUGAAGCUUGCGGAUCCCAUCCCCGGCACGGACGAACGCGUUAUAAUCAUCUCCGCUCGUAGCGACAAGAAUUUUCGCAGCGGCGAUUCUGCGACCGGCGGCGACGCAGCUGUGGAUCGCCCGGACGACUGGUCCGUCGCACAGGAAGCCCUGAUUCGCGUGCACGCGAGAAUCGCCGACGCGGAUGGCGACAAUCGCGAGUUUCGCGACAAGGAUGGGGCAGAGGGUGGUGCUAGUAACGGAGGUGCCAAUAGCGGAGGGACCCCCGCGAGGCUGCUCGUGCCGAGCAGUCAGAUCGGGUGUCUUCUGGGGAAGGGCGGUUCGAUCAUCGCGGGCAUGCGGCAGGACAGCGGCGCGCACAUCAGGAUCUUCAAUAAGGACAAACUGCCGCCCUGCGCGCUGCCCACGGACGAGUUGGUGCAGGUACGCCGUCUUAGAGGCGCCUACAUUGUCGAGUUGGUGCAGGUACGCGGUCUUAGAGGCGCCUACAUUGUCGAGUUGGUGCAGGUACGCGGUCUUAGAGGCGCCUACAUUGUCGAGUUGGUGCAGGUACGCGGUCUUAGAGGCGCCUACAUUGUCGAGUUGGUGCAGGUACGCGGUCUUAGAGGCGCCUACAUUGUCGAGUUGGUGCAGGUACGCGGUCUUAGAGGCGCCUACAUUGUCGAGUUAGCGCAGGUGACAGGCGAGUAUCCUGUGGUCCAGAAAGCCCUAGAGCUCAUCUCUAUUCGCCUCCGUCGCUCGCCUCCUCGCGACCCCCCCAACUUCAUCGCCAUGCACCCCACGUCUGGUUACCACCAGCCUGCUGGUUACCAGCCGUCGCCUGGUUACCAGGCGUCGGGUUACCACCGCGGAGCUGAUUCGUACCCCUCUCGCUCCGCCCCAGCUGCGGCCUUCCCCCCGCAAGGCUACUCCCCGCAAGGCUACUCCCCCUACGCUCCCCCUCAAGUCUACGCACUUGCCUCGUCCCCCUUCGGGGGAGCGUGGGGCGCGGGCGCGCCAGCAGGAGCUGCGCACGGUUAUGGGGGGAUGGGGGGAGGGGGGAGAGGCGGGGGAGGGGCGGGGGCGGGGGAGGGGGCGCCUGUGGAGAUGGAGCUGCGGGUGCUGUGCCCCGCGGAUAGAGUGGGGAUCGUUAUUGGCAAGGGCGGGUCAAGGAUCAAGCAGAUAAAGGAGGAGACGGGCGCGAGAGUAAAGGUGACAGAGGCCGUGGCGGACUGCGAUGAGCGCAUCGUGAUCAUCGAUGCCAUGGAGGCGCCAUUUUCCGGCCACUCCCCCACGGAGGAGGCGCUGUUCCGCGUGCAUGCAGCCAUCUCGCAGCACCACGCGGGCGACAGGGCGGCAGGCGCAGGAGAUGAGGGCGGGCGGGACAGCCACGUCACUGCCAGGCUGCUCGUUAGAAAGGGGCAGGUGGGGUGUGUGAUGGGCAAGGGUGGCAGCAUAAUCAGCGAGCUACGGAGCACGAGCAGGGCGCGCAUCAACAUCCCGCCCAGGGACCAGCUGCCUAAAUGCGCUGAUGAGAGCGAUGAAGUGCUCGUGGUAUCAGGCGAGCCCCACUGUGUGUCGCACGCCCUGCGCCUCAUCUGUGCUCGCAUCCGAGGCCGGGAAACCGCCGUUGCCUCUAAAGGCGCUGCUGCUGCCGAUGCUCGUGGUGCUGCUGCUGGUGGUGCACGUGGCUUUAGUAGUGCUGCUGGUGCUGCUGCGGGUGGUUAUGCAGAGUCAGGGAGGGGAGGGGCGUACGGCUAUCCUGGGUCAAACAGUCGAGGGGAUGGGGCGUACGGGUGUUCGCCAGCAGGAGCGGCGGCAGGGGCACCACCAGCCAUAGUGGCUACUCUCUCUGCUGCAGGCCCUGAUGGCACCGUUGGGUGGUCGUACGAGGUGAGGUGCACUGCGGUGGGAUGUGGUGGGUUGCGGUGUGAAGCGGUGCAUUGUUGUUGUGGUGAGCCAAAGGUGGAGCCUUCCUACCAUGACUCCGGCUACUCUGCUCCCAGGGGCUCUGGCUGGGAUGUGGCGCCAGCAGCAGCGCAAGACUAUGCCAACUACUCACAUGCCUCUGCACCCGCGCCUGCCCACUUCUCCUCGCCUCCUCCCACUCACACUCCUGCUGCUGCUAGUGCUGGUGGCACUGCUGCUGGUGGUGGUGGCAGUGCCGGUGCUGGUGGUGGUGGGUCAGGGGCAGGGGGGGGUGUGAUGACGGCGCUGGUGACGGUGCCUGCUGUGGCAGCAGGGGCGGUUAUUGGCAAGGGGGGAGCCAACAUUCAGCAGAUCAAAAGCGUACGAGGGGGGAAGGGGGCACAAUGGGGGGUGGGGAAUGAUGGAGCAGGAGCAAGUGGGUUAUUGACAAGGCCUGUUAUCGGUUAUUGGCGUGUGUACGAGGGGAGGGAGGCCGAGAACCAACAGGACGUGCUGCAUUGUUACCAACCACUCGCUCCCCUCGCCCCGUCCCCCCGACCUCGCACGUUUCCACCCAUGCAGAUAUCAGGGGCGCGAGUGCGCAUGUAUGAGGGGCAGGAGGGCGAGAAUGAGCGCGUGGUGGAGGUGGUAGGGUCAGCAGACCAGGUGCAGGCGGCGCAGGCCAUCAUCCACGCGUUUGUGAUCAAAGGCACCGCCGCUGCUGAGAGGCAUGCCGAGAGGCGCGAGGCUUACUGA